AUGGCGACCUCUCCCGCUGGCCGCAUGUUGGCCCGCCAGCUACAGCAGAUGCAGUCCGAUAAGGACAUCCCCGGGAUCAGCUGUGGCUUGGUCGAUAAUAAUGUCUUCGAAUGGGAGGUGAUGCUGAUGAUCUCGGAUGACGUAAAGUUAUAUGGAGGUGGUUUCUUCCGCGCUCGUCUCUCGUUCCCGUCUGAAUACCCCCACAUGCCACCGAAGAUGAAGUUCGAAUCGCCCCUCUUCCACCCCAAUAUCUACGAGAAUGGUGACGUCUGCAUCUCCAUCCUGCACCCGCCCGAGGAGGACAAGUUCGGCUACGAGUCUGCCGCCGAGCGCUGGUCGCCCGUUCAAACUCCCGAGACCAUCUUGCUCUCCGUCAUCUCCAUGCUGUCGAGCCCGAACGACGAGAGUCCCGCCAACGUGGAAGCCGCGCGGCUGUGGCGAGAGGAUCCAGCCGAGUUCAAGAAGCGGGUGCGCCGCUGUGUGCGGGAGAGCCAAGGGGAGGAGUAA